AUGGAAAAGGAGUAUCUACGUUUUGACACAACAUGUCAAACUGAUGAGAAUGAAGAUAUACAACAACAUUGGUUCACAAUAGAAUUCCUAAAUAACAUCAAUUGUUUAGGAUUACCUAAUCACAAGUUGACUUUAAAGGCAAGAGUCGCUGUAAUGCUAUUGCAAAACAUAGACCGGACUUCAGGUUUAUGGAAUGGGACAAAGUUAAUAGUUAACAAGCUUGGCAAUAACAUAAUUGGAGCGAUGGUAAUGACUGGUAGAAAUAUUGGUGACAAAGUAUACAUUCCAAGAAUGAAGUUGAUCCCUUCAGAUUCAGGAUUGUCAUUUAAGUUCCAACGGAAAUCAUUUUUAUUAAUAGUGUGCUUUGCAAUGACCAUCAAUAAGAGUCAUGGUCAAUCAUUAUCACAUGUAGGGAUUUACUUGCAAAAAACAGUGUUUACUCAUGCGCAACUUUACGUUGCUUUGUCAAUAGUUAAGAGUCGUAGUAGCUUAAAGGUUCUAAUUCUAAACGAAGACGGCAAUCCAAAGUCAUCAAUAACAAAUGUCAUGUUCAAGGAAGUUUUAAUAAUAUUUACGUAA